GCCUCACCUGUGUGGAGGAAAUACUAGCUUGAGUCAAAACUCCAUCCAACAAGAGAUCCAAAGAAUUUUUAACUUCCUUGAGAAUCCAAGAAUGUCAAUGGUGGAAAAACACCAUAGAUGUACAUAUUGUGGAGAAAGCAUGGAUAGUAAAUCACAGUUGAUAAUACACCAUGUAUGAGUGUCCAGUUUGUGGAAAAACUUUCAGUCAGAAUUCCAGCCUGAUAAUACACCAGUGGACACAUACAGGAGACAAACCAUAUGAAUGUCCUGAAUGUGGGAAAGGUUUCCGUCAGAAUUCCCACCUGGUGAUACAUCAGAAGAUUCACACAGGCGAGAAACCAUAUGAGUGUCCAGAUUGUUCGAAAUGUUUCAUUCGGAAUUGCGACCUGGUGAUACACCAGAGGACACACACAGGAGAGAAACCAUAUGAGUGUUUGGAUUGUGGAAAAUGUUUCAGUCAGAAUUUUGACCUAGUGAUACAUCAGAGGACUCACACAGGAGAGAAACCAUAUGAGUGCCCAGUUUGUGGGAAAAGUUUCAAUUGGAAUUCACACUUGGUGGUACACCAGCGGACUCACACAGGAGUGAAACCAUAUGUGUGUCCAGAUUGUGGGAAAAGUUUCAAUUGGAAUUCGCACUUGGUGGUACACCAGCGGACUCAUACGGGAGAGAAGCCAUAUGAGUGUCCAGAUUGUGAAAAAAGUUUCAUUCGGAAUUCUGACCUGGUGAGACACCAUGCAACACACACAGGAGAGAAACCAUAUGAGUGCCUGAUUUGUGGGAAAAGUUUCAGUCGGAAUUCUUACCUGCUAAUACACCAGAAGAUUCACACAGGAGAGAAACCAUAUAAGUGUCUGGAGUGUGGGAAAGGUUUCAGUCAGAAUUCCUCCCUGGUGAUACAUCAGAGAACUCACUCAGGAGAGAAACCUUAUGAGUGUCUAGACUGUGGGAAAUGUUUUAGUCAAAAUUCCAGCCUGGUGAGACACCAGAGGAGUCACACAGCAGACAAAGUAUAUGAAUGCCCAGAUUGUGGAGAAGGUUUCUGUCUGAAUUCCCACCUGGUGAUACACCAGAAGAUUCACACAGGGAAGAAACUCUAUGAGUGUCCAGAUUGUUGGAAAUGUUUCCUUCGGAAUUCUGAGCUGGUGAUACACCGGAGGACUCACACAGGAGAAAAACCGUAUGAAUGUCCAGACUGUGGGAAAGAUUUCAGUACUAGGUCUAACCUUAUAAAUCAUGUGCGUAUACACACAGGGGAGAAACCAUUUAAGUGCCCCGACUGUGGACAGUGCUUCAGGAAACAUUCCACCCUUAUCGCACACAAGAAAAUCCACAUGAAGCCCAAAGGGCUGAAUAUAGAGAAGGCUUGAAUUUCCUUUCUAAAGUCCCAUUCUUUUUAGUCAAAUACAUCAUGGUUUUAGAUGUGAAGAAGGGGAGAAAUUUAAUAAUAGCAGCCCUUUCUAAGCGGUUUACAGAGUCAGCAUAUUGCCCCCAACAAUCCGGGUCCUCAUUUUACCCACCUCG